AUGGCGAACGCAACAUGCAUGGAAGACUUGGGCUUCGGCCCAACAGUCUUGCAUUGCAGGCAGGGACUAGAUUUUACUCUCCAGUUUGAGGAAAGUAUGUUUGAUCUCGUACCUGCGGGUUUGGUGAUCCUUUUGGCGCCUCUCAGAAUUUGGCAACUACGCCGACGACCGAAGCGAGUCUUCGAAAAGUCGUUUGCCGGGUCGAAGUUGAUGAAUAUAGCCAUCUUAGCAAUUUUAAAGCUCAUAUUAGCUAUCGUCUGGACCUUCCGAGCCCCAGUAUUAACCAAAACGUCUAUAGCCGCGGCAGUCGUAUCGUUCUGUGAAGUUCUCGCCAUAGGAAUAGUUUCGAGCCAUGAGCACGUCAGAAACAUCCGACCGAGCUCGCUACUCAGUCUUGCCUUGACGAUUUCGAUAGUUUUUGAUAUUAUAAGGGCCAGGACUUUUAUUAAGAUUAAUUUUGAUAAUCUUUUGACGGCUCUAUUUACGGCUUCUAUUGCUUCAAAGGCAUCGGUUUUGUUAUUGGAGGCGAAAGACAAGAGGGUGUUUUUGAGGUCGCCAGAUACUGAGAAGCCGCCGGAGGAGACGAGUGGAUUGUUUAGUCGGAGUGUGUUUUGGUGGUUGACACCUUUGUUGAGGACUGGUUAUUCCAAGAUUCUGGGUUUCUCAGACUUAUGGCAUCUAGAUGACCGUAUCGACGCUCCGGAUGUCAAGGAUCAUUUCUAUCAAACAUGGCUGCAAAGUUAUUCCCAUUCCAAGCGGAAAUACAAACUCGCCCGGUCUAGCUUCCGGGCCUUGAUAUGGCUCUUUCUCUCACCAAUUAUCCCGAACAUCCUAUUCGUUGGACUCAAUUUCUCUCAACCCUUCCUCAUUAGUAGAAUGAUCACAUUUGUCCGCUCUGACGACCCGACUGAAGUUGGAUAUCUCCUACUCCUUGCAUUUGCAGUUGUUUACAUUUUAAUCGGUGUAUUUGGUGCAAUAUAUUGGCAUGAGGUUGACAGGUGGUUAACGGUUCUCCGUGGCUGUCUUGUCAGUGCUAUUUAUCGUAAGACCUUAACGUUGGAUUUACGACAAACUUCCACCGGUGCUUCUGUGGCCUUGAUGAGUACGGAUGUUGAGAAGGCCAUGUUAGGGUUUAAAUGGCUUCAUGAGGCCGUCUCCAGUUUUGCGAUUAUUCCAAUUGCCCUGGUGCUGCUUUACUUCCAAGUUGGUUUGGCAUUUCUUGCACCGCUUUUUAUACUCGGUCUUUGCACUUACCUCGCCAGCUAUAUGUCAACUAUCGUUGUGAAACGACAAAAGAUUUGGCUCCAGGAAACGCAGAAACGAGUACACUUCACAUCAUCCGUCAUCGCGUCCAUGCGCGGCGUCAAGAUGAUGGGUUUAGUGCCCCUCAUUACCAAGAAAAUCGAAAAGCUCCGGCACGUCGAAAACAUGGCAGGAUUGAAAUGGAGACUCAACAUCGUCGUCGGAGUCGCUCUAUCAAACCUUGGUAGUGAAGGAUCAAAAUGGUUUACUUUCAUUCUCUACGCCAUAAUAUUCUACGUUAAAAAAAGCAAAGGGGAUAACUCGCAAGAAGGUCUUAAUGUGAAUGUUCUUUUCACAUCUCUAGCGAUUUUGAAUAUUACACUUCAGAAGUUGCAGAUUGUGAUACAGAUUAUCCCCGGGUUGAUGAAUUCUUUUGGGUGUUUGAUGAGGAUCGAAGAGUUUUUGAUGGCGGAGACCAAGUCGGAUAAUAGACUUCAGAGGGAGAUAAGGUCGAGAGUUUCUUCGAAUAGUAAUGGAUUUGGAGAUGAAAGUGAAGGCCUAAAGUCUGAUGGCCAAGAUAUACCAAUGCAACGGAUUCGAAGACUAUCGAGGGAUGGCGCAAAACCCCUGAUAGAGGUUACGCAAUUGACAACUGGAUGGUCACAGGAAGAGAAGAUACUUAAUGAUGUUUCUUUAGAUAUCAUCUCUGGAGAGAUGACUAUCAUCGUUGGGCCUGUUGGAUGCGGCAAAUCAACACUCCUCCAGAGUCUUCUUGGAGAAACGACGGUUCACGAAGGAUUUGUAAAUAUACACGGUCCCUUCGAUUCUAUUGCAUACUGUGCCCAAACACCCUGGCUCGUUAACAAGAGCAUCCGGGACAACAUUGUGGGGAUGUCAUUAUUUGAUGUCGAUUGGUACAAAGAAGUUGUUAGAUGCUGCGCCUUACUCGAGGAUUUAAAACUUUAUGAUAAAGGGGAUAAGACAUUGGUUGGAUCGAAGGGUGUUACGCUUUCCGGGGGCCAAAAGCAGAGGAUCGCACUAGCAAGAGCCGUUUAUUCCAGAAAGCCGAUUCUGAUUUUGGAUGAUAUAUUCAGUGGGCUUGACGCCGUCACUGAAGAACGGAUUUUUGCAAGACUUCUCGGGCCUGAUGGACUACUAAGGAAGAAUAAGAAUACGAUUAUCUUGGCGACUCAUGCUGGUAACAAUACACGAACCGAGUUUAACCUUAUUAACAUGAAAACUAAUACCUGCUUAGUCCACCGCCUCCCUUCCGCAAACCAGAUUAUAGUCAUGACCAAAGAAGGAUCCAUUCAAUCCCGAGGAACUUGGGAAUCCCUCUCUUCAGACUCGACCUUCAUGGAAAUCCUACGAGAUGCGACUAAGUCAGAGACUUCAAGUACUAAGAGCGGCACCCAUCACGCAGGAAUUAAUGAUGAUCAAGAAAUUCCGCACGAAGUUACCCCUCAUGAUGACGAAAAUGCGAGAACACAGGCUAGUGUAGAUGAUAUCUCCCGUAAGACAGGGGAUAUUAUGGUCUAUAAACACUACUUCAAGUCGAUAGGGUUAAAGCACAGUAUUAUUUUUGGAGUGCUGUUAAUAAUCGAAUCCGGAGUUUGGAAUAUACUGACUGUCUGGUUAAAUAAAUGGAGUAGCGACCCUGAUACCAAGAAGACGCCGUUUUAUAUGGGGAUUUAUACGCUCCUUGUGUUUUCAUUUUUGGCACUGUUGACAAUCUGGGUCGGGCAUUGUGGCCGGUGGCCGAUGACUAUUUCGGCGGAGAAUCUACAUAAAUGGCAAUUGGCAACUAUGAUGAAGGGCAAAAUGUCAUAUUUUAGUGCUACGGAUGUCGGCGUUACAACAAAUCGAUUUAGUCAGGAUCUUGUGCUUAUCGAUACUGAACUACCUAUGGCGAUGAUUAACUGCACUGAGAGUGCCCUCUUGGUUAUCGGGCUUAUUGCAAUUACCCUGGUCGCAACCCCGUGGAUCGCAAUGACAUUACCUUUCCUUGCAGCAUCAUUCUACUACCUUCAGCGAUUCUAUCUCCGCACAUCCCGGCAAAUGCGUCUCUUGGAUAUUGAAGCUAAAUCUCCGCUUUACACUCAUUUCCAAGAGACUUUAUCUGGAAUUGCCACAAUCCGUGCAUUUUCAUGGGAGAAGGAUUUCAACGACGAGAGUGAAAAGCUCCUUUCGGUAUCUCAGAAGCCAUACUAUUAUUUAGCGACGGUACAGCGAUGGUUGGCGCUUGUGCUUGAUCUGAUUGUUGCGAUGCUUGCCUUCGCAAUUGCUUUGAUUGCGGUACAGUUGAGACAUUCGUUGAAUCCGGGUUACAUUGGUCUCGCUUUACUUAAUACGAUGAGUAUUGGCGAAAUGCUGAAAGUUUGUAUUAUAUUUUAUACAAACCUUGAGACUUCGCUAGGCGCUAUUGCCCGAAUGAGAAACUUUAGCAAGGUGGUACCGCAUGAAGAUGAUCCAGGAUAUGAUCUUUCAACGCCAGAAUGGCCGAGUAGAGGGAACAUUGUUUUUGACAAUCUUUCGGCUAGUCAUAAGCCGGACUCAGAAAUCGUCCUGAAAGGCAUCAACCUCACCAUAUCAGCAGGUACCAAAGUUGGCCUCUGUGGCCGAUCUGGCAGUGGGAAGUCGUCACUCGUAGCCACCCUCUUCCGUCUGCUGGAAGUCCAGGGUGGUUCCAUUACCAUAGACGGUAUCGACGUAACCGACGUCCCCAUCAACACCCUCCGCGGAAGGCUUAACGUAUUAUCACAAGAACCUUUUUUUCUCGCUGGAACCGUUCGGGAGAACCUGGGGUAUGCAGUUGUUUCAGAUGAAGAUAGCGAUAAUUUGCAAGAUGAAGAUAUGUUGGAAGUUCUAGAUAGGGUUGGGUUGAAAGAGAAAGUCUUGGGAUGGGAAGGUGGGUUAAACGCAGAGUUUGAUCCGGAAGGCAGCUUAAGCCAUGGUGAGAGACAGCUAUUUUGUUUAGCAAGAGCGAUGUUGAAGAAGAGUAAUAUCGUGGUUCUGGACGAGUUUACGAGCAGUGUGGAUAUCGAAACAGACAAUAAGAUGCAAAAGAUACUUAGAGAUCAUUUCGCGGGCAAGACAGUGCUUACAGUUGCUCACAGAUUAAAUACUAUCGUUGACUACGAUAGAGUUGUGGUUUUGGAUAAGGGGGUUGUUUUGGAAAGUGGAAGGCCGGGAGAUUUGCUAAGGCAGCCUGGCUCGGCUUUUAAGGCCUUGUAUGAGGUUCAUGAGAACUCAUAA